GAAACUCCAUAACUACCCUUACUUGUUAGGAUAACCACAGGCACACUGAAAAGCAGAGAGAGGGGAAGAGAGAGAGAGAGAGAGAAAGAGAGAGAGAUGGCACAAAUCGUCAGCCAAAGUUCAAAUUUCCCUGAGAUAGUGGAGCUAAACGUGGGUGGACAGGUGUAUGUGACCCGACGUGAAACUCUCACUGCGGUCCCCAACUCUCUCCUGUGGACCAAGUUCACCCAGGGUUCCCCGCGCGACCUGCCAAAAGACAGCAAGGGCCGUUUCUUCUUCGACCGGGACGGCUUUCUGUUCCGCUACAUUUUGGAUUAUUUACGGGACUCUGAGCUUUUCCUGCCUGAGUUUUUUAAAGAAAAGAGGGGGCUGCAGAAAGAAGCGGACUUCUUCCAGCUGCCGGAGCUGUCCAGGCGUCUGGCAGCGGCCAGCAAAGACAGCUCGUGCACGGAAGACAGCGGGGAGCCGGAGGAGUCUGAGCUCACCAGCCCGGUAACCUCUCCCUCGGGAAGGACCCUGCGCUCUCCCGGGGCCGUCUCUGGCUACAUCACCAUCGGAUACAGAGGCAGCUACACUAUCGGGAGAGACAUCCAAGCGGACGCUAAAUUCCGCAGGGUGGCCAGAAUAACAGUCUGCAGCAAGAUCUCUCUGGCUAAAGAGGUCUUCGGAGAAACACUGAAUGAGAGUCGCGACCCGGACCGACCGCCUGACAAAUACACCUCCAGGUAUUAUCUCAAGUAUAACUUUCUGGAGCAGGCGUUUGACCGGCUGGCCGAGGCUGGUUUCCACAUGGUGGCCUGCAACUCCACUGGGACCUGCUCAUACGGCAGUAAUGACCCGGGGGAAGACAAACUGUGGACCAGCUACACCGAGUAUGUUUUCAGCCGACGAACGGACUGAAAGCUGCUCUCUGGGUGCAGGAGUAGCCUACAUCAAUGAACACAGGGCGCAACCGUCAGCCACAACUGUUAGUUGUACAUUAACCAACAUCCCAAACUGGCAGUUUCAGCCUCGACUAGUUUCAGUUAUUAUGUUUCUGGCACUCUCUGCUUUGUACAGUGGGAUCAGGCUGCAGCCACUUUGACCUUUCUGCCAUCUUCUCCACUGUUCUACAAGAGUACAAUUUAGUGCAAACUCAAAUAUUAUUAAACAAAAUGACUUUAUUGACAUGUCACUGGUUCCUUAGCUGGGCUAUUCUUUAUGGCCCACUGGGCCUCCUAACCUUUAUGGCUUUUACAAAGACUGCUUUGUUCUGAGGUAAAUGACAUAAAUGGUCACUCAGGCUGGCAGAAAUGUUAGGAGCUGUUGUCUUUUGAUCUUUACUGAGCUGUUGCACUGUCAUGUUUUAGUAGAGAGGAUGUUCUGAACACAUUAACCAGGACAUACCUACUGUAAAUAGCCUAUAAUGUUUGGUCUGGUUUUGACCUGCAGCUCCCUCUGUAAUCUCCUCAUAACUUUCAAGUCUUUAAUUUUGGGAACUGAUAGAUAAGAGAGAUAAAUUGCUCUUUCGAAUGAUACUUUUAUAAUUUUUUUUGUUACAUUUGAAUAUAUUGACCGCACAUACAGAAUCACUGCUUUUAAGAUUACACUUUGAGACUUUGUCACAGUGCUACAUUGUUAUGUGUCAUCUGUGAGCUGUUGUCAUAGUUUUUUCUUUAUAUAUGUAUACAACAAUAAAGUGUGACAUUGUAACACUA